AUGUCGUAUAAGAAGAUAUCUAUCUUUCCCGAUGGUAACUCAUAUGCUUACUUUGAUGACUAUUCGAAGAGAUUAGUCAUUGCCAACAGUGAAGGUAUUAUCAAGUUGGUCAAUGUGGAUGAUUUCGAUUCACAACCUGUGUCGAUUGAUUUUUUGCAGAACCUAACAUCUGUUUCAUUUCAUAAUGAUAAAUUGGCAGUUACUACAACUGAAGCUAAAUUGGAACUUAUAGAUUUGGCCAAGCAUGAAUCGCAAGGAGUCAUUUUCAGAUCAGAAUUACCAUUACGUGAUCUUUCUUUUAUAAAUCAAGGUAAUCGAAUUCUUUGUGGUGGUGACGAUAACAAGUUAGUUAUAGUUGACUUGCAGAAUGACAACCAAUACAAAACAAUCACUUUACCUGACCAAUUGUUAAAUAUCGCCUAUGAUCAAACGGGAGAAUUGUGCAGUAUUAGUUUGUCCAAUGGGGCAGUACAAAUUUACUCCGUUUUCAAUGAAGAAUUAAACUUGUUACAUACAUUGGAGAACGCAAAUUGUAAAAAGAUAAACUUGUCUACUGAUAAAAUUGAUUUCAAUAAUGAACAUAAUGAUGAAUUAUAUACAACAAAGACUCAAUGGUCAAAAGAUGGACAGUUCUUACUAAUCCCUACAGCGAACAAUAUUAUACAAGUUUAUCAAAGACUAGAUUGGUCCAAAGUGAAGCAGUUCACAAGCGAUUCCAAGAUUAUCGAUUACAACUUGUUUGGUCAUAAAUUGGCAAUCUUGACUUUGAAUACAUAUAAAGUCGUCAAUUUUGAUUCUGCUAGUACGUUGCAUGAAGAUGACUUUGAAUUGAACGAGGAUGCAUUGCCCUUGAAUAUUGAAUGGGAGAAUAAGACUAGUCUUUUGAUUGGUAGUACUUAUGGAGAUAUACUAAGAUUGAAAGAUGUUGUUAAAGAUCUUGGGGGCGAUGCCACAGGAGCAAGUUUGUUUGUGGAUGAUUUGGAGGAGAGUGAUGAUGAAUUUGCCAAGAGUGAUGAUCAAACAGAGGUGAAUCAAAUGUUACACCGUGAAGGGGAGCCCAAUGGAGCAAACGGAGCAAACGGAGCAAACGGAAAGCGCUUGUUUCUCGAUGAUGAUGAAGAGGAGGAAAACUCGAUAUUGGAUGAUGAUGAUGAGGGAUACAAGCCAACCCUCAACGGAUUUAAAAAGCAUAAAUCAACUCCUCCUUCAGUGAGGAGCUACAAUAUUUCCAGCAAAAUUAUUCCAUAUUCUUCCGGAUCUACUCCAUUUGUCAACAAAGGAGAAAUUGUUGAUAGGCGAUAUUUGACCAUGAACAAUAUAGGAUAUGCUUGGAUUGUGAUCAAUAAAGAGCCAGGGGCAACAAAUAGUAUUACGGUGUCCUUUUUUGAUCGUUCAUUGAAUAGCGAAUAUCAUUUCACUGAUUAUCAAAAGUUUGACCUUGCAUCAUUAAAUCAAAAAAGUAUUGUAUUAGGGGAAAGUAGUACAGGAACCAUAUUCUAUAAAUCACACAAUGAUGUGGGUAAUGACUCGUGGGAGAAAACUAUACCGUUAAUCAAAGGAGAAGAGUAUUUGACUAGUAUAUGUAUCACCAAUUCUAAAGGUAACAACACCAUUGUAGUGGGGACUAGUUUGGGAUACCUACGCUUUUUUAAUGAGUACGGAAUUUGCUUAAAUGUAAUCAAGACGAUACCGGUGGUGUCACUAGCUGCAUCAUUUGGAAUUAUAUUGAUGAUUAAUCAAGUUACUACCAAUGUUUACACAUACACAAUUUUUGAUAUCUAUCAGGACUAUAAGAUUAUACAACAAAGCUGCCCAAUUCCGUUAAAAGAAGCCAAGAGCCAGCUCAUCAAGGGGGUAUUUUUUAACGAAUACAAUGAUCCUUGUAUUGUUGGAGGACACGACGACACAUUGCUUGUGUUACAGUCAUGGAGAGAAACAGGCAACGCCAAAUGGAUCCCCAUAUUAAACUUACACAAUGCGAUAACAGAAUAUGGAUCGAAUGAAAAUAAAUUGGCAUGGUCAUGUUGGCCAUUGGGUGUCAUAAAUGAUUCGCUCAAUUGUUUAAUUUUGAAAAAUGGUGGUUACCCAGGGUUCCCAUUACCUUUACCGGUUGAAAUUGAUACUGAAAUACCAAUCAAAUCGGGCCGUGGUGAUGAGGAGGAAGUGGAAAGUGAAGAACAAUUUCUUAGAUCAUUUACAAUGGGUAAGCUCAUUAGUGAUACUAUUUCCAAUUUUGAAGACGAACAACAAGGUGAAGAUGUUGAUCAAGAUUCACUUAUGACCAAAUUGGAACAAUAUAGUACCAUGUUUGAUAAAUCGUUGAUUAAAUUGUUUGCUGAAGCUUGCCAACAUCUGAGAUUGAAUAAGGCUUAUAGUAUUGCCAAAUUAAUGAAGACAGAUAAAGCAUUAUUAGCUGCUAACAAGGUUAGUGAAAGAAUGGAGUUCUUAACCUUGGCUAAUAAGAUUGGACAAUUGAGAGAGCAAUUAUUAGAGGAUCUAGAGGAUUAG